AGAGAGCAGCUAGCCGAAAUCUGAGUGCCUGAAUCGGAUCAACCGUGAGCUAGAUGCCGCUAACUCCGCGGAGCUUGAAUAUCCAACAUCCAACUUCAAACUUAACUUCUCCGCGGUUGCAGACCGCUGUAUCUACCCGUCCAUCUGCUCGGUGCAUUUUUACGCGCACUUUGGAUCUCAGCCACAGGCUCGUAAACAUCAAUGAGAGCCUGCUUCUCACCCUAAAAAAAAAAAAAAAAAAAACAAACCCCGAAAACUGAAUAAAACAGUUAUCUUAUGGUUUGUUUUUCGCCCCACCUCCUCUCCUCUGACUGUAGAAGGUAAACAGCUCAACGCCACAUCUUAUCGCGGUCAAGCAGGCGCCUAACAGCGUUGCGCUAUCGCAGUCAUAUCUGAAGCAAAAGAAAAGCAAGAAAAAAAAAAAAAAACAAGCCACGCUUCUGGCUGCAGCGCGCCUGCUUCUGACAGUUGGUUGUCCAGGGAUGCAGGAGGACAGCAGAGAGUCCGAGUCUUUCGGUGCACAGACAGGACAAAAGGAUGACAUGUGAUCAACUCGUACGACUGGUGGCACUUUCCCUGAUGUUCUGCGCCGCAGGAGCUGCUGGAAUCGUUCAAGACGCGCGGGAUUUCAGGAGGAAAGCUUCCAUGCUUCUAAAAGAGGAACCAAAGAACCCUAAAUGCUUUGCAGAGAGCAAGAAGCACUUUGUGUGCUUCUGGGAGGACGAUGAGGAGAGGGCUGGUUCUGUGGAUCAAUACUCCUUUACAUAUGCCUACCAAAAUGAGAACAGCAGCAUGUGCCCGCUGGAAGUCCUGCCUGCAGCGGGUGGGAAAAGGCUCUUCAUCUGCCGUUUGACCCGGGUACAGAUGUUUGUCCAACUGGACGUCCAAGUUCAUCGGGAAGGGAUGCAGAUCCACAAUCGCAGUCUUCUCAUUGAGCUUCUGUUUCUGCUCGAUCCUCCUAAGUAUGUGACAGUAAGCACCACGGGCCAUCAGGGGCAGCUGAAUGUGAGCUGGGUGCCGCCUUCUCUGAAGUACAUGGAUGACAGCAUGAUCUAUGAGGUUCUCUAUGCUCUGGCAGACAGUCACGUCGGGCAGGUGGAGGCGAUACAAGCCUGCUCCGAGAUGAUUCUGACAGGCCUUGAGGCUGGUACAAAGUACAGGGUUCAAGUCCGUGUGAACCUGGAUGGCAUCACCUACGAUGGCUACUGGAGCGCCUGGAGUGACCCCGUGUUCAUUGAAACUUUGCCUGCAGAACUUGACCCACUUAUUGUGUCCCUGACUUUCAUCGUGUCCUUCAUCCUCGUUCUGCUUUGUCUUGCUAUGCUCCUGUCCCAUCACAGGUUUCUUAUCAAGAAACUUUGGCCAGUUAUUCCAACUCCUGACAGCAAAUUCCAAGAUCUUUUCACAGUUUAUGGGGGGGACUUCCAGGAGUGGUUAGGACAGACCAGUGGAAGCAUAUGGCUGACUUCCCCUUUUAUUGUCUCUGAAGAAUGCCCUUGUCCACUGGAAGCACUCUCAGAACUCAACCUUUGCCCACCCCUGUCCUCCCCUCCUCUUCCAACAAAGGCCUCUAAAGCUUUGACCCUUGUCAUAAAUGAGGACAUGGUUUUGAAGAAAGGUCUUCUUGACAGAGAGUCAGUGGACAGGGUUGAUUCUGUUCAAACAAAUGGCUGGAGAACACAUCACCAUGACCACUGGCUGUUGGAUCGUCUACGGGAAGUCCAACAGCACCCUGUUCCCAGCUCCCAUAGUUCUCUUCUGGAAUCUCAAGACACCUACAUAACCCUCAGUGGCAACAGACGUAUUGAAGAAAGACACAUGGAGGACUCCCUCGAGGAAGCCUUACCCCUCGGGGUGCUUUUUGCCUCCAGAAAGACUCCCAUGAGUGAGUCUCACUCUGACCUGGGGUCUGUGCAGCAAAGCUCUGGUUCUGGGAACCUUUCGUCUCAAUCAAGCUUUGAGUUUCCACACCAUGCCUGGAUAGCCAAAGAUCCUGGCUACACCUACAUGGCAGUUGCAGACUCUGGGGUCUCCAUGGAUUACAGCCCUAUGAGCAGAGCUGACGACAUGAGCAAAGUGGUUAUCUAUGCCAAUGACUACAAAAACGAGAUUCCUCCUCAUAGACCUUUCCUGGUGAGGCAGUACCCUGUCCACGAUGACGGCUGAGAGGAUACCAACUUGAACUAGCUGCAUAUGUUGGCAACUUGGAGAACAGCAUUUGGAUUUUCACCCCAGGCUAAUGAAGUCUCAUGAACUGGUAGGAAAAUAACCAUGGAGCUGACGGAUACCAGCUAAAAGACUCGAAGAGAAUGGUACUUUGGAUAUUCUGUAAAGAACAUAAGAUUUACAUAUGAAACAGUAUGGUCUGUGAUUCACAACAAAUACUAAUAUUCGGCACUCUGCAUACCUAUCCAUCAUAUCUUUCAGAGUAGAUCAGAACGAGUGUUUCCAGUGUUUUAUUUGAGCUAAAUGUGUUUCUGUUUUUUUAGUGGCAGGAUUGCUAUGACAACUUUAAUACCACAGUCAUGGUGUAGACUGUUCUAGGGGCUCUUUCCCUGGUAUUUCUUUAUUGUCAACAAAUUUAUUAACAAAGAAUAAGCAAACAACUCUUUCAGAAUUACCUCUUUUUUUUCUACAGUGAUCUAUAGUAGCUUAAGCUAAAUCUGUAUCCAGGUGCAGGCUCCAUUCUUGGGCCCCUCUGUUCUCAGGUUCUGCACUCUCAGUCCUUUUCCGGUUCUUAAACUCUUUGCUUUAAUGUCCUAAUUCUCAACCCAAACCUUCAAUUAAAACUACAUUAGGUCAGGAACUUUUCUCUUGUUUUUUAUCCUGUGCACAGAUUUCACCCACAUACAGGUCCUUCUCAAAAUAUUAGCAUAUUGUGAUAAAGUUCAUUAUUUUCCAUAAUGUCAUGAUGAAAAUUUAACAUUCAUAUAUUUUAGAUUCAUUGCACACUAACUGAAA